AUGGCGCGAUGCAAUAUUGGACUACCCUUGCGGGUGUUGGCUCGCCACCGUCGUCUCAUCACUUUCCUGUUCAUGAUGGUCUCAUGGUUUAUGUACGCUGAGAACUAUCUUGUAUGGCCAACGAACAGAUCUAGAUUCUCUAUGCACAGUUCGUUGUUCUCCGUAACGAAAAACGGCGACAGGCACUCACCGAUAAUGGGAUUCGAGACGCGACUAACUAAACAUAUAAGGGAAUUAGAGACAGACUUAAACAACUACCGACACCAAGUCAGUGCUUAUAAAAACUCUGUGGAUCAGUUACACAUGGAUGCUAUGGAACCAAAUAUAAGACGCCUGAUGGACAUCAAACAGUUUAAACUAACGGGAGAGGACACGCUCUCAUCGACGUUUCACAAUGGACAUGACACUGAUACCCACGACGGCUAUUUGGGAUGUUCUCAUAUUUUCAACGCUAGCACCAAAGAACGACUUGGGAUGGGCUAUACAAAAUAUGUGGAAAGAGCGGAAUAUAAUGGCAAUGAAAUUGCCAUAAAAUCUGUAGCGAUGAAUGGACGCGAUGUGAACGAAUGUGUAGCACGAUAUAUGAGCAGCGCCGAUUGUCUAAAGCUAGCCAACUAUAAGCUACUGAAAGAGAUCACUCUAUUCAAUGCGUUGAAACACACAAACGUUUUGAAGGUUCUAGGCUCAUGCCUGGGCGAUGUCGAUAAUCAGGUGAAAGUAAUAACGGAAUUGGGAAAACCGGUGAACAUUAUCAAUCUUCUACAGCUUUCGUGGGAGGAUAGGUUCCGGAUUGCCUUGGGGAUAGCCCGGUUACUUCAUCAUUUAGCUCGCUCUCCCAUGGGCUCAUUGGCUAUUCAUGACUUCAAACUGGCUCAGUUUGUAACUGUUGGCGGCGAGAUCAAACUAGCCGAUAUAGACGAUGUGGACAACGAAGAACCAGUCUGUAUGACAUCGGAAGACUGUGCGAAAGCAGCGACAUCUGCCACUUCAAAGAGCGUACACUUGCCUUGCGUCAAUAUGAGGUGCCAGGCUUUCUCAGAAAAAAUCAAUAUCUACAACAGCUAUCGCUACUUCUUCAGUUAUCUUUUGCCAUUCGAUGUCCCGAGCACCAUUAAGCCAAUCGUUGACCAGAUACUUAAUAACAGCGCAAAUUUCAAUUGGACAGCAGCAAUGUUACAGAGAAAAAUGGAAGAGUGUCUGCUCUUCUACACAAGCGGAGAAUACUUGGCACGGAAUGAGAACGCGGACCAGACAACCGUGUAUCGUGCAAUACCUGGCCAUGAUCUCCCCGGAAAACACGACUACCCUUGUCUAAUAUCACAUUCCGGUAAUGGAUGUACGACAUCAGCGUUUGAUGUGAGAGAAGCGGAAGAGAUAUGUACACGUGACAAGGAAUGCCAAGCAAUUGUGAUGACGUCACGUUUAACCUGGUCUGGUCGUGUUGUUAUUUAUUUAAAAAACAAUUCCACUGAUCCAGAGCCGAACCCAAACACGACACUUUACGUGAGAGUCACGUAAUGACUAAAGAAGCUGGGAAUCGACAAGAGUCGUAGGUGACCAACAUAACCAAAGACAGGAGCUGAAAAAUACUAUUAUAUGGGUUUUCCGCUGUAAUGCAUCCGUGUCAUUAAUAUACAAAUUACGCCAUGAUAAAAUGUCAAAUUCUCUAUGCGAAAGAUGCUACAGACUCUAGUUUAGCAAGCAUAUAUACGAGGCAGAAUUUGAAACACAAACUGGAAAAAAACAAGCUACUCUCUGAUUGGUCCGACUGUUACGACUGGAUAGCCAAUCAGACACAAUCUUGCAAGUAGCUUUGCAAUGAGUGUACAUUUCAAAU